ACCUCGCACCGCACCGCCGCACCGCCGCCAGCAUGGCCAGCCUCCCGCGCCGCCUCACGCCCGUCGCGCCCUUGUCGGCGCAGACGGUGCUCGCGACCAUCCACCGCUUCCCCUCGCUCGAGCCGCUGCGCUUCGAGGCGUACCCCGCCAGCCACCUGCACCUGCCCACGCGCAGAGACAUCCUGCACCGCGCCGUCGUCUACGAGGGCGACGGCACGCGGCUGGGCACGGCGUCGACGAAGACGCGGCACGAGAUCCGCGGCUCGGCGCGCAAGGUGCGGCCGCAGAAGGGCACCGGCCACGCGCGGCUGGGAGACAAGAAGUCGCCCAUGCUCAAGGGCGGCGGCGUGGCGUUUGGCCCGCGGCCCCGCGACUUCUCCACGGCGCUGCAGAAGAAGGUCUACGACCUGGCCUGGCGCACCGCCCUCUCCUACCGCUACCGCAAGGGCGAGCUCAUCAUCGUCGACAACGCCAUCGAGCUGGAGAGCCCGUCGCCGCGCCUGCUCGACGACGUCUUCACGCUCCACGACAAGCAGCGCGGCCGCGGCCGCAGUCUGUUCGUCACCCUCGAGCCACGGCCCAUGAUGGACCAGGCCUUGCGCGCCAUGGGCCGCGACGGCCAGGCCCUGCCGUGGGACCGCGUCGACGUCAAGGACCUGCUCGAGCUGUCCCGCAUCGUCAUCGAGCGCGACGCCCUGCACAACAUGCUCCUUGCACACCAGGAGGACCUCACCCACAAGCCCGUCCACCCACGCCACCCGGCCUUUGUCCGCUCGUCGCCCCCCGCCGCCCUCGAGUCCACCGUCGGCUGGCCCGAGUUCCGCCGCCUCAUGCUCACCCACGCCGCCGAGAGAGACGCCGCCCGCGCACGCGCCUACGAAACCGUCGCCGCCGACCGCUACACACACGCCGAGUCGCUUCCCGAGGGCCCGCAGCGCACAGAACUCACCGUCUCGGCGUAUGACCUCCUCGCCGAAGCAAGGCAGCUCCAGUUCACCGCGAGGACAGGCUUCGACUUCCGCGAGUACCUGCGGCGAGGCAACGACGACGAGACCAUUGCCCUGUUCCCGCGCAUCCAGGCUCUUGACUACCAAAUACACAUCAAAUCCGGACUCGCCACAUCUGCAGCCGAGACUUCGCGCGCAAAGUACGAAGACCUGAACCUCGAGAUUCGGGAACUGGAGAUCCAGAAAUUGGACAUCAUGGCAGACGCUGCCCUCCUCGCCGCACAGGUCCACGAGCACGUUGCCGAAUCCCACACUCUAGCCGGCAACGAGGCAUCCGUCGAAGAAACGCUGGCCAUGGCAAGCGCCGAACGCAGCAAUGUUGAUGCCAUGGACUUGCAGUUGCUGGAGGGGAAGCUGGAGGUUGCGAGGCAGCAGGGCGUUGUUGCUGGGCUAAAGGGGGAUUACGUGACGCAGAGGGCCGCCCAGAAGAGUGUUGCUGAAUACAACGCCAUGGUUGAAACCAAGCGGAAGGAGACGGAGGAGUGGGAGACGACAGAUGCGGAGCAAGUGGAGGAGGACGCCAUGGAAGAGCCGGUUGUCGAGAAGAAGUCAACAAAUACAUGAACAUGAAGAGCGCCUUGUUUCGAAAAGUCUGUAUUAUCGUACACUGUAUAUAUAAACCUUCUUGUGGCCACGCACAAUGGCCUUCCAUGCCUGAUUUGGACACUACUUCAUCACCUCCACGAUAGUCAGCCGCUCAUCUAUCUAGCCUCGACAUCUUGGUUCCUAGAUAGUGAAAUGAUGAGUUUGAUUGUUACUGGAGUAGCUCCCAUUAAUCAUGUCAAAUUGUGUCGCAGCAGGUAUAUACAGUCACGAGCCGCGUACUGAGCUAUCGGUCGAUCGGUAUUUUGGUCGCGACAAAUUGUGUUUCUAGUGAAACAUGUCACCAAUGUAUGAUCAAGUCUCGUGGUGUAGUGUCGAAG